GCUUCUCUGGAAACUUUCUGGACUUGUGUGAGAAGAUGACUUUGAACAGGCUAUCAGGCAAAUAUGAGUCAGGUAGGUGGAGAAAAGUCUGUUCUCAGCUAAUAAAAUGCAGCACACUGAGAUGAGCAUCUGUUAGACUUAAUCCCAUCAAGUGUGCCUGCAUAGCUCGAAAGCCCUGCAAACACACUCGGGCCUGUUUGAAAAUAGCUUGUAUAGCUUUGUUGGUUUCUUUUUUCCACUGUAUGGAGAACAUUUCAUCCUAUGUGUCUCCUCGAGCACCUGAAACUACAAAUGGAUCAGUCAUGCAUGGUUUGUCUCUUGAGAGGAAUCCCAUUGACAUAUUAGAGACUGGAAAGAGCAUCAGUGAUGUCAUUGAUGGCAAGAUUAGACAGCUGUAUUCAGUGGGCAGCGAGGAGCCCUUCUAUGUCGUAAAUCUUGACAAUAUAUUAGAGAGGCACCUGCAGUGGAUCAGUCUGUUGCCUCGGGUGAAACCCUUCUAUGCAGUGAAGUGCAACAACACAACAGCAGUUUUGAAGAUGCUGAGCGCUCUGGACACCGGUUUCGACUGUGCCAGCAAGGCUGAGAUCGAGCUGGCCCUGUCACUUGGAGUGAAGCCCGAUGACAUCAUUUACGCCCACACGACCAAACCGCUGUCUCACAUCAGAUACGCCUGCGCUCACAGAGUGAAUCUGAUGACUUUUGAUAAUGAGGAGGAACUCUUAAAAAUCUCUCUUGUCCAUCCCCAAGCCAAGCUGGUAAUACGAAUUGCAGUGGACGACUCCAAAUCGAUGGUAAGACUCAGUCCAAAGUUUGGAGCCAGACUGCCCACAGUUAGACAGUUGCUGGAACGUGCCAGAGAGCUGAACUUGGAGGUGGUCGGGGUCAGCUUCCACGUGGGCAGCGGCUGCACCAAGAGCUCGGCCUUCAGGCAGGCCAUCGAAGACGCUCGGUGCGUCUUUGAUGUAGCGAGUUUUUUGGGGUUCCAGAUGAGACUCUUGGACAUUGGUGGAGGAUUUUCUAAGAUUGGAGACUUCCAAGAGAGGUUUGAAGAGUUCUCACAAGUCAUUAACGGAUCGCUGGAUGAAUUCUUCCCACCUGUCAGUGGGUUGGAGGUGAUUGCAGAGCCGGGCAGAUACUACGUGGAAUCGGCCUUCACGCUGGCAGUGAACGUCAUCGCCAAAAGAGUCGUUGUCGAGGACAGAGUCAGUAAAUGCACAGAUGGAGCAGAAAGCUGCCCUGAGAGACUGAUGAUGUACUACAUUAACGACGGUGUGUACGGCUCCAUGAGUUGCAUCACCUUUGACCCCGCUCACAGCAAACUUGAACCGUACCCUCACAGGGCUGUUAAGAAGAGCGAGCCGAGAUACCGCUCCAUCAUCUGGGGUCCAACCUGCGACAGCAUCGACAAAAUAACCGAAAGCUACUGGAUUCCUGAGCUGUACGUGGGCGACUGGCUUCUCGUCGACAACAUGGGCGCUUACACUGUCAGCGUAACCACAGACUUCAACAGCUUUGAAAAGGCACACAUUUAUACUGUUGUGACAGCUGAGACUUGGCUCGCCCUAAACCUGUCUCGUGCCUACGAUACUGUCCAUUAAUGAGACGCGCACAUAUACUUAACUUCAAUGGCCUGUUGUGAAUAUCGUGUCUUUUGUCUGUUCCACUGCACUGUAGAAUGUUUUCCUCUUUUUAACAUAGCCUCUGUGUUAAGUCUGUUAACUUAGCAGAAGCAAGCCAUCCACUGCAGAGCUUCUAUGAAUGUAUUGUGAGGUCAAUGAUGUCCUUCAAAUCUCAUCAAAUUUAAGUGGGGUGAAGACCAAUCGGUUACCUAACCUUAAUCGCAUUUAUGGGACUCCCUUUUUAUAUACGAAACACACGCCAGUGUUAUUUUGGCCCCUUAAUGACUGUAACUAGUUAAUAUGAUCUGCUGUCUGCUGAUAUUUUAACCAAAGGAAGUGAAAGUCAGAGCUAAAAGUGUUAUGAAAAAAAACUGCAUAUAAAACUGUAUGCUGCUAUAAGAAAUUAUUUGCUGUCCGUCUCUUACAGUCUACAAAUGUUGCAAGACUAAUUGUCAUUCUUUAUUUUAGCCUUUUAGUGUGUGCAUCUCUUCCAAAACAGAUAUGGUGAGAGGAGAAGACAUGUUUUUAUAAAAACAACAAAAAAGAC